AUGGCUUCCAUCGAGCAAAGACUCGACGUGUUACGAGCGUGGCUGACCCGCAACGGCGGCCGCAUCCAUCCCGACAUUGCUCUCGCGUACGAUGAGCAGUCUGGCGUGCACUGUCGUGCGAGCACAGACUUGGCGGCGGAUACCUCUUUAUGCUCAGUGCCUCACGCACUUGCUCUAUCCAGCCUGAAUGCCUUGGUCGACGAUGAAUUGAUCGCCUUUCGCAACCGAGGCAUCCCUGUCGAGGCGAUCGGUCAUUUCUAUCUUAUACAUCAAUACAUCACAAAGGACACAUCGUUUUGGAAACCUUAUCUCGAGACGCUGCCAUCUCCAGCGCAUGCUCACUCGACGCCGUUCUGGUUUGAUAACGAGGAUCUCGCAUGGCUGGCCGACACAGAUGUCUACCACACCACGCUGGCUCGUCAAGCCGCCCAGCGAGCCAACUAUGAGCAAGGCUUAGAAGUGCUGCAACGAGCUGGGGUAGAUACAACGCCGUAUACUUGCAAGUACUGGGCCGCGCACAAACAUGACUCCGAUGGCCGUCGUCAGACAGUCCUCAUGGAUAUGUCGCGUGUCUCUACUGUUGACCUGGACUUUCCUGUACUCUUUCCAAUUGUAGAUAUUCCCAACCAUCUGCCCGAUGCCAACAUGGAUUGGACGUAUGACCCGGGAGUUUUCAGCAUCGCGCUCGCCGGUUCCGUCACUGCAGGGUCUCAGAUAUACAACAAUUAUGGUCCGAAGGGUAAUGAUGAAUUGCUGCUCGGCUAUGGGUUCUGUUUGUUGAACAACCCUUUCGACAAGGUAUUGUUGACCUUGAAACAGCCCACACCUGAGCUUCAAAGGGACAUUCGGUCCGUACAUUCCGGGUACUUCACGCAAGAUGGUGUAUGGAACAGUGAAAAGGCGACCUUUGGAAUCGGCCGUUGUGUCCUUGAUCGAGAAGAUCUGAGCAAAAUCUACACUCAAUGGCCAGAGCCGUUAAUUGAGUUCCUGCUUUACAUCCUUCGUCACGAACGUGGACUGCUCUUUACAUUCAUACAGCAUCCUGUCGCGUAUCUCACGUCUACAGACAGUGUCGGCAGUCGAUACCAACCGCACCUGCUCCGUGCCAUUGUGCAGUCAUUGACACCGAAGCUGGCCAAAUUGAGGUCUGCCGAAUUGUCAUCGCCAACAAAUCACAAGCAAAUUCAAGCAAAAACAUAUCGAGACAGUCAGGUUCAAAUCCUCGAUUCAAUCAUCAAUGGCUGUCGAGAUUUCCUACGAUUGGACUUUCGUCCCCAAAAUCCUGAAAUGCAAUUUUCCCGUGGGAGAGGGAUGUUGCUGACGUUGGAAGAAAUUUUAACAAUCGCUGGAAAGUCUAAACAUGUGGGACGGAUGGAUGGAUUUCUGGCUGGCAUUGCUCAAAGCGCUGGGACUGAUCAUGUCUUGCAAUUACGACAAGCUGGCUGGGAAGAAGAUGUGUUAGCACUACUUCUUUGCCAUCUCUCGCUCGAUGGGUGGACGCAGUCUCCAAACCCCGAGUAUCUGACAGAUAUCAAGGUCGAUGCGGAAGAAAUGGAGCACGCUCAAGGACUUUACGACAUCGUUCGCACUGCUGCGCAGCAGUUGCCUGAUUCGCUUUGGCACGAUCAGAAAUGGUCGGCUUCUUUCAUAGCUGCUCACGGAGGCCUGAUUAUGAAGUAUGACAGCUUCAUGAUGAUGGUACCAAAUGCACAUUCGGAGUCAGAAGAAGCCAGACUGGUGGUGUAUCUACAUGGUCUUCAGCAGUCUUAA